AUGUUGACCAAGAUACUGUUCCUCAUCGGCGUCUACACUGCGAGUAUGUUCAACGUCGCUGAAGCACUAACAAAGGGUCAUGAUUUGUCAUUUGUUACACUCAUGGAAACCAAGCAAGGUGCUAACUGGAUACCUACAUCGGGUAAGCAUACUAGUAUCGAAUCCAUCCUCGGCGCUGGAGGCAUGGACACUGUGCGGCUUCGUCUUUGGACGUCCGGUGACUACGACUUGGACUAUACGCUAGCUCUUGCGCAGCGGCCUUUUACAGCCGGUGGUGUGAAGCUCACAAUUCUGUCUCUUGGCAAUAAAAUCGCCGGUGGAUUUCUUUUUCCCAUGGGUAAAAUCAACGGUGACUUCAAAGCUUUCGCUACCUUGUGGAAGGCGGCGCGUCAGGGUGUGACAGACGCGGUGUCUGCAGGCACUUCAAGACCGAAAGUCAUGAUACACCUGGAAAAUGGAUGGAAUUCAAACAAGGUGUUACCGUUCUUCAAAGGACUCUUUGCUGAAGGAACGGUGACGCAGAAUGAUGUGGACGCGUUUGGCUUUUCGUUCUACCCAUUCUACAAUACAGAAGGCAACACUUGCCGCGCUCAAGUCUUCUCUAACGGAAAUGGCCAAUACCUACGACAUCGCCAUCUACGUCGUAGAGACCAACUGGCCGACGAAGUCACGAAAGUCAAAAUGAGUGCAGAUUUCCCAGUGAGCGCCGAGGGCCAAGUCGCAUGGGUGGCUGCCAUCAUCGACAUUCUAGAGCGCUUGCCCAAUAAGUUGGGUGCUGGUAUUUUUAACUGGGAACCUGGAUACCUUUCGGUGGCGGGUCUUGGUAGUUCGUGUGAGUCUGCUCUACUCUUCAGUGUCAAUUGGGACAAGUGGCCGGAGACGGACGCAACUGCACUCUCGUCCGUCACUAUGUUCGCAUGA